UGGUGCUUCAGUAGUAGUGUCUGGACUGGGUGGAAGUGCACCUGUCAUUUUGUUAUAACAAGGAAGCCGGUGUUAGAGCCGACACAAGAGUAGCAUUAUGUCAAAACCGUUGUCAGAUCACGAUAGAAAGAAGCAGAUCUCCGUGAGAGGUCUUGCCGGUGUGGAAAAUGUCGCAGAACUGAAGGUCGCUUUCAACAGGCAUCUCCAUUUUACACUGGUCAAGGACAGAAAUGUGGCAACCAAACGGGAUUACUACUUUGCUCUCGCCAACACCGUGCGCGACCACUUGGUGGGCAGGUGGAUCAGAACCCAGCAGCACUAUUAUGAGAAAGAUCCCAAACGGGUGUACUACAUCUCCCUGGAGUUCUACAUGGGUCGCACCCUGCAGAACACCAUGGUGAACCUGGCCCUGGAGAAUGCCUGUGAUGAGGCCAUAUACCAGCUGGGUCUGGACAUGGAGGAGCUGGAGGACAUGGAGGAGGAUGCUGGCCUGGGAAACGGUGGUCUUGGACGUCUUGCCGCCUGCUUCCUGGACUCUAUGGCUUCUCUGGGUCUGGCUGCGUAUGGCUAUGGUAUCCGCUAUGAGUUUGGCAUCUUCAACCAGAAGAUCGUCAAUGGAUGGCAGGUUGAGGAGGCUGAUGAUUGGCUGCGUUACGGCAACCCCUGGGAGAAGUCCCGCCCCGAGUACAUGCGCCCCGUCAAGUUCUAUGGCAGGACUGAGCACACCCCAGAUGGUGUGAAAUGGGUUGACACUCAGGUAGUGUUGGCUCUGCCAUAUGACACCCCUAUCCCCGGGUACAGAAACAACAUUGUCAACACCAUGAGACUGUGGUCUGCAAAGGCCCCAUGCGACUUCAACCUGAAAGACUUCAAUGUUGGUGGGUACAUUCAGGCUGUGUUGGACAGAAACUUAUGUGAGAACAUUUCCCGAGUGCUGUACCCCAAUGAUAACUUCUUUGAGGGCAAGGAGCUGCGUCUGAAGCAGGAGUACUUUGUGGUAGCUGCCACCCUUCAGGACAUCAUCCGUCGUUUCAAGGCCUCCAAGUUUGGCUCCAGAGAGAUCGUCCGCACAGACUUUGCCCAGCUGCCCAACAAAGUUGCCAUCCAGCUGAAUGACACUCACCCAGCCAUGGCCAUUCCUGAGCUGAUGAGGGUACUGGUUGAUGAGGAGAAGCUGGAUUGGGACAAGGCCUGGGACGUGUGUGUCCGUACCUGUGCCUACACAAACCACACCGUGCUGCCUGAGGCCCUGGAGCGCUGGCCCCUUGACCUGUUCCAUCACCUGCUGCCCCGUCACCUGGAGAUCAUCUUCGAGAUCAAUCGUCGCUUCCUGCAGUAUGUUGCCUCUAAGUUCCCUGGUGACAAUGACCGCCUGCGUCGCAUGUCCCUGAUUGAGGAGGGCGGAUGCAAGAAAGUCAACAUGGCUCAUCUGUGUAUCGUUGGUUCCCAUGCGGUCAACGGCGUGGCCCGCAUCCACUCUGAGAUCCUCAUCGCCACUCUGUUCAAGGACUUUUAUGAGUUGGACCCACACAAGUUCCAGAACAAGACCAAUGGCAUCACCCCCCGUCGCUGGCUGGUUAUGUGCAACCCCGGCUUGGCUGAGGUCAUCGCAGAUAGAAUUGGAGAGGACUUUGUCCGUGACCUAGACCAGCUGAAGAAACUGUUGAAGUUCAUUGAUGAUGACGCUUUCAUCCGUGACAUCGCCAAAGUCAAGCAGGAGAACAAGCUGAAGUUCGCUGUGCACCUGGAGGAGCACUACAAGGUCAAGAUCAACCCCCAGUCCAUGUUUGACUUCCAGGUCAAGAGAAUCCACGAAUACAAGAGACAGCUACUCAACUGUCUGCACAUGAUCACCUACUACAACCGUAUCAAGAAGGAGCCAAACAAGCAUUGGACCCCAAGAACCAUCAUGGUCGGAGGAAAGGCUGCCCCAGGCUACCACACAGCCAAGAUGAUCAUACGUCUCAUCACAGCUAUCGGUGAGGUUGUCAACCACGACCCCGUUAUCGGCGACCGCCUCAAAGUCAUCUUCUUGGAGAACUACAGAGUCACCCUGGCUGAGAAAGCCAUCCCCUCUGCUGACCUGUCUGAGCAGAUCUCUACAGCUGGCACAGAGGCCUCUGGCACUGGCAACAUGAAGUUCAUGCUGAACGGCGCUCUGACCAUCGGCACCAUGGACGGAGCCAACGUGGAGAUGGCCGAGGAGGCCGGAGAGAAGAACCUCUUCAUCUUCGGCAUGAGAGUGGAGGAUGUGGACGCAAUGGACGCCGGCAAAGGAUACCACGCCUCUGAGUACUACAACCGUAUUCCCGAGCUGAAACAGGCCAUGGACCAGAUCGCUGGUGGCUUCUUCAGCCCUAAGCAGCCAGACCUCUUCAAGGAACUUGUGGACCUGCUGAUGCACCACGACAGGUUCAAGGUGUUUGCUGACUAUGAAGCCUACAUCAAAUGCCAGGAUAAGGUCAAUGAACUGUACAAGAAACCCAAGGAAUGGACCAAGAUGGUGAUCCAUAACAUUGCAGGCUGUGGUAAAUUCUCCAGCGACCGCACCAUUGCCCAGUACGCCCGGGAGAUCUGGGGCAUGGAGCCCAGCCUGGAGAAGAUCCCUGCCCCUGAUGAGCAACUCAAAUAAGCUAAACUGACGUAUGCGUAUAGUCCAUUUGAAGACCUCUGAGGGCUAGCCUGGGAACCAGAGAAGAAGAGCCGUGGAGGGGUGGAAUAACACAGCUGCUCCACAGUUGGAGGAACCGUCAGUGAUUUGAUGUUGAGAAACCCACACCAUGGCCUUCCCAGCAGUCUUUUAGUUUCACCUUACGGCUGUCAAUAAUGCCAACUGUGGCCAACAAAUCCCCAUCUCCCCGUCUUUUUAGAAUGUUCAUCUAGACAUACUAAGACAAUAAAGUAUACUAGACCCUU